CCUCGGCGGGGCGGCGGCGGGAGGAGCCGUCGGAGCCGCCGCUGUCGUUCCGCGCCGGCCGCGGUCAGAGCAGUCAGGACCGCGGACAGCGCCCCCCCGCGCCGCCCCGCGCCCACCAUGACGGCGGAGACCCACCUGCAGGGCGUGGAGAUCUCGGCCGCCCAGUUCUUCGAGAUCUGGCACCACUACGACUCCGACGGCAAUGGGUUCAUGGACGGGAAGGAGCUACAAAACUUCAUCCAGGAGCUGCAGCAGGCACGGAAGAAGGCGGGCUUGGAUUUAACACCUGAAAUGAAAGCUUUUGUGGACCAGUACGGGAAGUCUACUGAUGGCAAAAUAGGUAUAGUUGAGCUUGCUCAGGUAUUGCCAACGGAAGAGAAUUUCAUGUUGUUCUUCAGAUGCCAGCAGCUAAAGUCAAGUGAAGACUUCAUGCAGACAUGGAGGAAAUAUGACAGCGACCACAGUGGCUUCAUUGAUUCUGAGGAGCUUAAGAGCUUCUUGAAAGAUUUAUUACAGAAAGCAAAUAAGCAGAUUGAAGACUCAAAGCUAACGGAAUACACAGAAAUAAUGCUCAGGAUGUUUGAUGCAAACAAUGAUGGAAAGCUGGAGCUUACUGAACUGGCCAGACUACUGCCUGUACAGGAAAAUUUUCUUAUUAAAUUUCAGGGUGUCAAAAUGUGUGCAAAAGAAUUCAAUAAUGCCUUUGAGAUGUAUGAUCAAGAUGGCAACGGCUAUAUAGAUGAAAAUGAACUUGAUGCCCUACUGAAGGAUCUCUGUGAAAAGAACAAAAAGGAAUUAGACAUUACCAACCUUGCAACAUACAAGAAAAGCAUCAUGGCCUUGUCUGAUGGAGGAAAGCUUUACCGAGCAGAACUGGCUCUUAUUCUCUGUGCUGAGGAAAACUAGAGCUCUUCUAUCAUGUCCACUUAACUAGUGAUGUACUCUACACAAUAACAGUGCACUAUAAGGGAGUAGGCUGUAUUUUUAAACUGCAUAUAGAAAAUUAGCCAGGAUGUGUGGCACAUUCCUUUCAGUUUGUUUCUAUACUGUUUGUAAUGUACAGUUUUUGUAACAAUAAGAUUGAUAAAGAGAAUGUCAGUGUUUGGGCCAGUCUGUAUAUUCAAAAAGAAACUAAAUAUGUCAGAGUUGGUUUUGGUUGGGUUUUUCGGUUUCAUAAACACAGCCGGAGAAAAAUUAAACCUGCUGACAUUGCUGUGGUCAUCAUAUCCUUUGACACUUGCAACAUUUCUUGUUAAACUACAUAACAAAAAGAUCUACACAUAUCUUUCCCAUAACAAAUAAAUAUGAAGGUUUUAAAUAUAAAACAUGAAUUCAGAUUAAAUAUGAUCUAGGUAUGAAAUAGGAGAGACAUUGGCAUGUCUGUUUCCAAAGAUUUAAUAAGGCACUAAGAAAUAUUUUCAGUUGUCAAAGCACCCACUUACAGGUCUGUACUCUGCAGUCUUACAAUUACUCUUCUCAUUACAAAUUCAUAGCAUAUAGACAAAGCAUUUAUCUGGGAUAGAUCUCCAUGCAGUAGUUGAUAAAAAUAUAGUGUUCUCAAUCUAGCUGUUUUACUGAAUUUAAACAUAGGCACUUCAGAAAUAAAUGCCUUUAAUCUGUCUUGAAAUCCUGGCUAAAUGGCAGGUAGUAUAGUUAAUACACAGAUUAACAUAUGGUAUUAUAAGUGUACCUUUCAUGACUAUUGCUGUGUCAGAGAAUAUGACAAUCCAUUUUCUAAACUAUUUUCACAUUUUGCAGGUUAUAAUUAUUCUAGUAAAUUGCUGUUUUUACAUCAUAUUCUGUGUAAUCUAUAAUUAAAUUUAAUAUCCUAAGA